AUGCGUGCGACUGAGAUCUACCCGGCGAAAGGCCCAGACAUCUCCUUUCAACCACCAACGGAGGAAACGAGCAAGGUGGGCGACGGAGAGCGCAUCGUACAGGAUGAAGAGGCGCAAAAUCUCCGCCGUGGGUUGGAACAACGGCAUACGCAGAUGAUUGCCAUUGCGGGUGCCAUUGGAACUGGGCUCUUUCUUGGACUGGGCAGCUCAAUUGCCUCUGGAGGACCACUGGGUGCGCUGCUCGGGUACAUGCUGGUUGGUGUAAUUGUCUGUGCGAUCCAGAUCGCACUCGGGGAGGUUUCGGCCUUGAUGCCUGUGACCGGAUCAUUUGUGCGACAUGUUGAACUCUUGGUGGACCCCGGUCUGGGGUUUGCGAUCGGGUGGAAUGUGGUCUAUGGCUGCUUCAUGUCGGUGCCCAGCGAGAUCUCGGCCGCCGUCGUGCUGAUCCAGUACUGGACGGAGCUGAACACGGCCAUUUGGGUGACCAUCCUGAUCAUUUUAUCUGCCGUGGUAGCCCUGCUCUUCAUCCGGGUCUACGGUGAGCUCGAGUUCUGCUUCGCCAUUCUGAAAAUUCUCCUCAUCAUCGGCAUUGUCAUCAUGGGGCUAGUCAUCGACCUCGGUGGCGUGGCUGGCACCCCUCGUUUGGGGUUUCAUUACUGGAAGGAUCCCGGUCCCUUCUCCGAAUACCUUGCCUCUGGGGCAUGGGGCCGCUUUCUGGGCUUCUGGGCGGUUCUGACGACAGCCGUGUACAGCUUUUCCGGCGUGGAAAGUCUGACCAUGGCAGCGGCCGAGAUGCAAAAUCCGCGGCGCAACAUCCCACGGGCCUGCAAGCGCGUCUUUGCCCGCGUUACCAUCUUCUAUAUCAUUGCCGUCCUGAUCGUGGGCAUGCUGGUUCCCAGCACCGACCCACGCUUGAACGAUUACUCCGGUACGGCAGCCACCAGCCCCUUUGUGAUUGCUGCAGCCGAUGCUGGCAUCAAAGUUGUACCAUCGAUCAUCAACGCGAUCGUCCUCACCUCUGCCUGGUCCUCGUCAAACCAGAGCAUUCUGUCGGGCACGCGCACACUAUAUGGCCUCGCGUUGAAGGGCCACGCGCCCAAGGUCUUUCUCCGGACGACGCGUCACGGUGUACCAUACAUGUGCGCCGCGCUGCAGAUCGCCGUAUCGUGUCUGGCGUACUUGAGCUGCUCCAACAGCGCAUAUACGGUCUUCAACUGGUUGUUGGACCUCACGUCGGCGGGAGUAUUGGUCUCGUGGAUCACCAUCGCGUUGAACCACAUCCGUUUGAUCCAGGGAUGUCGAGCGCAGGGGAUUGCGACCGAGGCGCUACCGUGGCAUAACUGGUGGUCGUACUAUAGCUCGUGGUUUGCCCUCGUGUCGUGCAUCAUCAUUCUCUUCACCGGUGGCUUCACCGUGUUCACCAAGGGGAAUUGGGAUCCCGCAUCGUUCGUGUCUUCUUAUUUGGAUAUCCCCCUUGUGUUGGCAUUCUACCUUGGAUACAAGUUUUGGAAGAAGACGAGACUGAUCCCCGUACAAGAGAUCCCCCUUCAACAAGCGCUCCAGGAAGUGCGAGAUGAUGUAGAGGAUGAGCCUGUGCGGACCAGCAAAUGGUCCAAGUUCAAUAUCCUCUGGGGAUAG